AUGUCAAGUCGUGGGGCGCACGGUUCCAGUAAGGGCGUUAAAGGGCAAAAUAAGGGCAAGAGCUCGAAAACAAAAGUGGUUGAGGUGGUCGAUAGUGGUAUAAUAUCAGUGGUGGUCACGGGAGCUCCUGACGAGAUGGAAGGUCAAACUUUAUGUGACAAGUGCGAUAAGUGGCAUCAUUUUGGCUGUGUUGGUGUUACGGAGGAGGUGGCGGACCACAGUUGGAGCUGUCCAAAGUGCUUAUCGGCAGAAUGGGCUCAGCGAACUGGAUCUACCUCCAGCAAACAACUCCAACCAGCACGUGGUGCGAAGAAUGGCACGGAUGUGGUAAAUCAGCGAAUGUCAGAGGAUCCGGAUAAGAAAUGCGAGCAAGGUUCAGUAGCAGUUCUCGACGUAGAUAAGGAGCAGGCCAGUAGUCAAAAGGAAGCGGAUGGCAAGCAGUCACGUUCAGGAAGCAAAGGCCCAAAGGAAACGAAUAGCAAACAGGUACAGUCAGAUAGCAAAAAGGCCAACAGUCUGGAAGAAUCAAGUAUUUUGUCGAUAUCAUCGUCCCGUAGAUCUUCAGGAACACUACUAAAGCUACAAUUACAGAAACUAGAGGAGGAAGAGAGGCUGGCAAGAGAUUUCCUAGAAAGAAAGUAUGCACUUUUAGAGGAAGCAGCAAGUGAGAAAAGUUCUAGGGCGAGCUCAAGCUUAAGUCGAGUGCGCGACUGGGUGCAUGGCAACAAAACCAAUCGGAAAGAGGGAGCUAUGCUGAACCCGAAUGAGGAUAUCUUCGAUCCAGAGAGACACUCCACGAAAAAUCCAGCACAAUUUGAAAGUUUAAAUCCCUUAGCAGCACAGCGAGAGCGGAUGGUUCCACUAAGGCAGGAUCAACUAACCAUUGGAAGAACCUUCUCGGUGAAAGCAACGUCCAAUGAUGUCGGUAGGCCAACCCAUUCAGCGGGGGUUCUGGCAAAUCGGGAAUGUGGUCCCGAACGAUUACUAUCGAUGCGUCACUACGCUAGUGGAAGAUCAAAACAUCAGGAGGAAUCAGACGACCAAUGUCUGCUCAGCAAGAGGCAAUUGGCGGCACGUCAAGCGGUAUCGAAGGACCUGCCGAGCUUUUCUGGGAACCCAGAAGAGUGGCCUCUGUUAUAUUCUUCCUAUAUCAAUACCACAACCAUGUGUGGGUUCACGGAUGCAGAGAACGCGAUCCGAUUGCAAAAUGCCUAA